UUACUCUCAACCUAUGGUAUCAUAUUAGUUAUUUUAAGAUUAUAUUUUAUGGAAAAUAAACCUCCAGAGUUUGCACCGUCCGACAACCCUGCCUCAGAUUCUAAUAGUUUUUUAACUCGUACCUUAACUUAUAAUUUUUUACCUGCCUAUAAUGUAUGGAUAUUGUUAUGUCCCAGUGUAUUAAGUUUUGAUUGGUCGAUGGAAUCUAUUCCUUUAAUUCAAAACCUUGCAGAUUUUAGAAAUAUAUGGACGUUGUUAUUAUACUCUAUUUUAGUGUACAUAGCCAUGAAAAUUUUAAAAGAU